GAGCAACCUGCCAUCGAUGGAACUGGGGUCAAGAGCCAACGAAGGUUCGCCCACGGCCUAGAGGAUCAGCGGCAUGCCUUCGGACUCGGUCCAAUCUCAAAUGUCCGGUCGGGUCCAAAUAGUUCGGGGUUGGGAAAUCGAUUACGAGUUGCAGAUGACACCGCGUGUCUGUUGGCGUGCGGGUACGCCUCGAAUAGAUGUGAAACAGAGGGGAGGCUGCAAGACAAAAAGUACUCGAGACAUUCAAAGCCAAUCAUCUUAUCUCAGAAACAACCUACGCACACCAAGCCACCAUGCAGGAGACCGUUCUGGUGUUUGGUGCCUCUGGCAACAUGGGUGUCUCUGCUAUUAUUGCCGCCUUGAGUUCGAACCGCCAGGUCAUUGCUGUUGUCCGCGACAAGGCCAACGCAGAGAAGAUCUACAAACACGCAGGCACCAGUGACGGAAUCACGAUUGCGCAGGCUGAUCCCACGUCGGAGGACUCUCUUCGAGGCCUUAUCGAUCAAGUCCGUGCCGGAAAGCUACCCAGCUUCCAGCAUGUAUGGGCGUCACCUGGCGGCUUGUACUGGGACACGCCAAUUCUCGAACUUGAGGCCGCUGCGUUACGCGAAGCUUUGAAAGUCAAUUUUGAGGCAUAUGUCUACGCAUACCGCGCCACCGUGCCGUAUCUUCUCGAGCAGGGCUUUGAAAGAAGCACCUGGACAGUUUGCACCGGCGCUCAGGGAACUCUCGGUGAGCGUGUGGCCCCAGCCGUGACUCAAGGUGCUCUGUUCAGCUUCGCCAUUGCCGCCGCCCGCCAGACUGAGAACACAAAUGUUCGCUUCAACGAGGUCUACCUUGCCUAUCGCGUCCAGGUCGAAGUAGAGAGGGGUUCCCAGAACUGGAAUGGCUUUCAGGUCACAACCUCCAAAAGCUUUGCGCCAUUAUACGAGAAGCUUUUGGACCGGACUGACAUCAAGGGCAGCCGGGUUAGUGCCAAGAGCCCAGAGGAUGUCAUCAACUUGUCUACGGAGAGGCUGUUCUGAUAACACCUGCGUAUUUGAUGGCUUCGUAGUCGCAUAAUCACAGGACGGAAGAGAAUUGAUUUUUGUGGCAGAUAACAUAGCUUAGCAUGAGCAUUCAAUAUCUAUAUGUUGGAAACGUCG